GGGUUUACACGAGAAGGAUUAAGGGCUAUGGCCGCGGCGGUGGCGAUGCCGCCAUCGUCUCCAGCAUACAGGUAUGGCAGCCAUUUAAGCUACGGCGCCAUCGCCGCAGAUGAGGGCCGCACAGGUAGAGCUUCCAGAGCCCGAGAGAAUGAGGCUAGGCAAGGCGACUAUACAGAAGACAAGGAUUUGGGACGGUGUGGAGGGACUUACAUUCCUCCCUCCAAGCUCGCCCAGAUGAUGGGCGACGUGAAAGACAAGGCGAGCGUUGCGUACCAGAGGAUGGCCUGGGAGGCUCUGCGCAAGAGCAUCAAUGGUCUCAUGAACAAGGUGAGCGCUUCCAACGUGGAAGACAUCGCCAGGGAGCUGAUCGCUGAGAACUUGGUCCGGGGCAGGGGAUUGUUCGCGAGGUCGUGCAUGAAGUCGCAGAUGGCAUCUCCGGCCUUGACGCACGUCUUUGCCGGGCUAGUCGCGGUGAUCAACUCCAGGUUUCCAGCUCUCGGAGGGCUACUGCUGACGAGAAUCAUCCUCCAGUUCCGCAGGGUCUUCAAGAGGAAUGACAAGCCUGUUUUGCUCUCUUUGACGAAGCUCCUGGCGCACCUGGUGAAUCAACGCGUCGCGCACGAGGUGAUUGCGUUGGAGCUGCUCAUGCUGCUGCUGGAGACUCCAACGGAUGAUAGUGUGGAGGUGGCUGUGGGAUUCCUUAAGGAAUGUGGAGCGUAUCUGCUGGGGAUAUCGCCCAAGUGCUUCCAGAUGGUCUUCGAUCGGCUCCGAGCUGUGCUUCACGAGGGAGAGAUCGACAAGCGUGUCCAGUUUAUGAUCGAGGACGUCUUUGCUCUGCGCAAGUCCAACUUCCAGGGGCAUCCAGCGAUCAUGCGAGAGGUGGAUCUUGUCGUGGAAGGUGACCAGGAGACGCACCAGAUCUCGCUCCUGGACAAGGACCUGGAUCCAGAGAGCGGCCUUGACAUAUUUUCUGAGGAUCCGGAUUACUUGGAGAACGAAAAGAAAUACGAGGCCAUCAAAAGUAGCAUUCUUGGAAAGCAGGAAAAGAAUGGCUCGGAGCCGAAUGAUCCCGACGAUGGCGAAGACGAAGAAGAGGAAGAAGAUCCUUCGCAGGGCAUUCAAGACGUCACUGAAACAGAUCUGGUGAAUCUCAGGCGGACCAUCUAUCUGACGAUCAUGUCCAGCGUCGGGUUUGAAGAGGCUGGGCACAAGCUGUUAAAGAUGGAGAUGGAACCAGGCCAGGAGAAAGAGGUAUGUAUCAUGCUUCUGGAAUGCUGCUGCCAAGAGCGGACGUACCAGAGAUACUACGGGCUUUUGGGACAGAGGCUUUGCAUGAUCAACCAGACGUUCCAGCAGCAAUUUGGCGAGUGCUUCCUCGGCCAGUACGCAGCAAUCCACAGGCUCGAGACCAACAAGCUCAGGAACGUGGCGAGGUUCUUCGCGCAUUUGCUAGCAACGGACGCUCUCCCGUGGACGAGUCUCGGGUACAUCAGCUUGAGCGAGGAGGCGACGACGUCGUCGUCUCGCAUCUUCAUCAAGAUCCUCUUCCAGGAGCUCGCGGAUCACCUGGGAUUGCUCAAGCUGAAGGCGCGCCUAGACGACGAGCAGAUGCGAGGAAGUGUGGCCGGCAUCUUCCCGCGAGAUAACCCGAAGAGCACACGCUUCGCCAUCAACUUUUUAACCUCCAUCGGCCUAGGUGGUCUCACGGAUGGCUUGCGGGAGUUCCUCAAGAGCUUGGAGAGCCAUUGCUCGUCGGAAUCAUCGUCUUCUUCUUCUAGCGAAUCCGAGUCUGAUGAGGAUGAGGUAAGUAGAAAGAGGAGGAAAACGUAGAGUUUUCCAGGUAGACUCGACGAUUUUGAUACUUGAAACUCUAGAGCGAUCAUCAACCAUGUAACACUUGGUUGGCAAAGGAGAGCGAUCUCGAUUUUCCAUGAGAAACCUCACAACCUUGUGACUAUCGCGCAAUCUCGCAAGAAUGCUAGAAGGAUGGAGUAAAAAUCUUCUUUUUUCUCAAAAA